CAACGGACUUUUUGGAUUUGUCAUUUUUUUGAUUGUGUCAAACAAAAAUGGCAGAGACUGCAAUGGAAACUGCGCCCACUGAUGAAAAUGAUGAUAAUUGGUUAUAUGGUGAAUCCAAUAAUGAUCAAGUUGAAAGCGAGACAGCAAAAAAUGGCGAUAAAACGGAACCCCCCAAGGAAUCAGCAGAAGUAGCCGCGGAUAAUGAAGAAAAGGAACCUGAUGAAAAUGAUGGAAAUAAUGAAGAUUCUCAAUUCAAUGAUGAGCAUUUUGCGGAUGUGGGUAGAGAUGACCAAGAUCAAGGGAAUGAUGCGGACAGUCAGGAUAAUGGAGACUCAGAUUCAGAUGACAGUGAUGAUGUGAAAGUUACUAUUGGUGAAAUUAAAUCUGGCCCUCAGUAUGGAAGUUUAAAUAUUAAACGUGGUGUGGGUCUGGUGGCAUCAGGAGUGAGUGAGAAGCCACGCGGGGGCACCACUACUGGCAACAAAGUGACUCUAGAAGAUCUCGAAGGACCUGGCAGUAUUAAUGGAGUACCCGCUUUGGAGUUCAACAUUGACACUAUUGAAGACAAACCGUGGAACAAACCUGGUGCUGAUAUAUCUGAUUAUUUCAAUUACGGGUUCAAUGAGGUUACGUGGAGCGCGUACUGCGAGCGGCAGCGGCGACUGCGCGUGAGUGAGGCGGGCGUGGGCCUGCACGCACCUCCGCCCCAGCGUCCACCGCCGCAGGAACGCGGCCGUAACCUCGGUCCAAUGAGAACUGAUGAUGCUAUGCAACCACCGAUGCAGAAUAACUAUCAAGUUAGGGAGAACACUAUUCAAGUGAUGACGGCGGAGCGGCGUGAGUACGGGCGAGGUGGACAUGUACGUGAUGCACCGCCCGACUACUUCGGCGCGCCGCCACCAGAACACUACUACCCUCCCGCACACGCGCCCGCGCACCCGCCAUACGAUGAGCCCUGGGGGCAUCCCGAGCCCGGGGGCUGGGCGCCGACCGAGAUAAAGGAGUUGACACCGGGCCCGCUGGCGAUGGGCCCGCCGCCCAGCGCGCCCGCGCCUCCGCCCGCCGGCUUCCCGCCGCCCUACCGCGGACAUCCGCACGCGCCGCACCCGCACGCGCACCCGCACCCCGGCUAUGAUCGCGACCGGGACAGAGACCGCGACAGGGAUCGAGACCGCAGAGACCGCGACAGGCGCGACGAGGAUGAGAGGGAAAGAGACAGAGAGCGCGAUCGCGAGCGCUCGCGCUCCAUAAAACCUGACAGAGUGCGGGAAAAAUCGUACAGACGGGAGCGGUCGAGGUCGCGGUCGCACCGCCACAAGUCGCGGUCGCGGUCGCCGCGACCACGCGAGCGCUCGCGAGACCGAGACCGCUCCAGAGACCGCGACCGAGACCGAGACCGCGAGCGAAGCAAUAAGUCCAAGACUAAGGAGACUAAAGAGAAAGAAGACGAGAAAUGACAUCAGCAUCGAUACUGGAGCAUUCCCAGUCCAUGAAGCAUCCGCGUGCGGCUCCACUCUAAUACAUAAUUAAAUA